CAUAAAUACAAGAAAGUCAAAAGGGAAGGAGAAUGCUGAAGCCUAGGCCUUAAAAAAGCCCUUGCCUUUUUUUUGCAGCAAUUCUCAAGAAUCCAAAGAGCAAAAAUCAAAGUACCUCAACGCUCAACCCUCUUUCUUUUUUCCCUUUUUUCAAGGGACGGUUACAAAGUCCACAAGAAAACCUAAAACCCUUCUUCACACUCGAUACACACAUCUAAUUUUAGUAUCUCUGUGUUUACACAUCCUAUUUAUUCAUCCCCAAUUUCAUUUUGUAUUGUGCUUAGCUUUCUUCUGAAUUUGGAAGAUUUGCGAUCGAUACCGAAAUUGAAGGGGUUUUUUGUUAGAAAAAGUGGUUGAUGUCAAGUUGUAGAUUCAGGUGUUAAGGGUGGCUGAAUUACUCCAUGGGUAAUUUAUGCUGCAAUUCCGUUUCAAAGUUUGCAGGCGGCCAAUCAUCACAUGGCACGGGUAAGGGGCGGGGCCACCAAGGAUCCAUCAAAUAUGGAUUCAACUUAGCUAAAGGGAAAGCUAAUCAUCCAAUGGAAGAUUACCAUGUGGCAAGAUUUAUUCCUCAUCAAGGACAUGAAAUUGGACUAUUUGCUAUAUAUGAUGGCCAUUUGGGAGAUAGUGUUCCCGCAUAUCUUCAAAAGCAUUUAUUCUCCAAUAUCCUAAAGGAGGGUGAAUUUUGGACAGAUCCUAGUAGGGCAAUUUUGAAAGCAUAUGAAAGAACAGACCAAUCGAUUCUUUCUCAUAGUCCUGAUUUGGGAAGAGGUGGAUCCACUGCAGUUACUGCACUUUUAAUUGAUGGUAGAAAAUUAUGGGUAGCAAAUGUUGGAGAUUCUCGGGCAGUUCUUUCAAAAAAAGGGCAGGCCAUUCAAAUGAGUGUUGACCAUGAACCCAAUACUGAAAGGGGCAGCAUUGAAAACCGCGGAGGUUUUGUCUCCAACAUGCCAGGAGAUGUAGCAAGAGUGAAUGGACAACUAGCAGUUUCACGUGCUUUUGGGGACAAAAAUCUCAAGAAUCAUUUACGUUCUGAUCCUGAUGUAACAAAUUCUGAUAUUGAUGCAACUACUGAAAUUCUCAUUCUUGCUAGUGAUGGAUUAUGGAAGGUUAUGACAAAUCAAGAGGCAAUUGACAUAGCAAUUAAGAUCAAGGAUCCACAGAAAGCAUCAAAGGAACUAGUGGCAGAAGCAUUGAAUAGAGAAAGCAAAGAUGAUAUUUCAUGCAUUGUGGUUCGUUUUAGCUGAAGAAAGAGGUAUAGCUUUAUGGGGUGGUACUAUGUGCAGUAUAAGGUGUACAUUUGGGGGGUUUAAGACUUUAAGUUUGUGAGUUGCAACUCAAAUAGAGUAAAAAAAGUUCCGAAAUUUGGGCAUAAAAAAGGUAGCUAAGUUAUAUAUAUAU